AUGAAUGAAAAAAACUUAAAUUAUUGGAUUGGAGAAUGUAAAGGAAAUAAAAUUUAAGAGAUAGAAAAAAAGAAAAUUUUACUUUUGUACUAAUGAUUAAUUAUAUAAGACCUCUAUUUUUAGAUAUUUUUAACAUUCAGUUAGAUCAGGUAGAGCAAAGAAUGAAGGUGUUAACAUUCAAUAAAAAUAAUUCUAAAAUUUAGAAGUAUGACCAAAAGUAAUUUCUGCACAGAUUUAGCAAAAUAUUAAAUUUUAAAAAAGAGUGA